AUGUCGGAACAUCCAACCCGCAGGGAAGCCGACUUGGGACAGCAUCUCGUCACUAGGGCCUACGAUCUGACCUUGGUCACGUCAAGUCACACCACGACGCUGGUGCCGCAUGCGUCUUUACCUUUCUCGCCGCCGGCUGCCGAGAGUGGCGAUACUACCUCACGGGAGCCGGUCUCGAGAACGGUCACCACUGUUGAUGCCCAACCAGGUGCCUUAGUUGCGGGUUCUUUGAACUCCGACCGCCUAGAAACUCACUAUGGAAUGCUCUAUGACGGAAUUCGACCAUCCACGGGUCAAGUUGUGCAUGUUUCAUGGUUAUCGCUAGGUACGGCGGCUUCAUCGUCGAGGCCGCCUCUAUCUACGUCUAAUGCGUCAUCUACGUCUAGAAAGGGCCCUUAUAGGGAAAGAUUAGUAGAUGUCAUGGUGACAAGAGGGUCGACCUUGUUGCGCUGGGGGUGGGACUUGCUGAGUUUGGACGGCCUACCGAAUGAGAUCUUGACGCAUAUACUCACCUUCUUAGACGUGAGCGAUCUACUAGCCAUUUCCAGGAUUAAUCAUCACUUUAGGACUCUGUCCUUACACCCUAUCUUGCACACCCUUCGCCUCCGGCGUGCCCGCCUAUCACUUCCGCCCCUUUUAACUUCACCCUCGCGGCCUACCCUCACGGAGCUCAUCUCCCGCCACAUCUUCCUAACACACACGACGCAGAUCUCACGGCGGCUAGCGCGCAGCCUCGUAUCAAUCCGGCUGUCACGCAGCUUGCCGCUCCGGCCCUCCGCCGAGUCUCUGGUGCAGCGCGGCGUGCUUCCGCCAGAAGUCGUAGAGAGCAGUGUAGCGCCUGGUCUCAUUGCUAAGAAGCGCGCUGUUGAGAAGGAGAAGCUCAAGGAUGGCCUCCGGCGAUGGGUCGGAGCUGUCUGGCGCGGCGAGGUGCGGGAAAGAAGCGAAGGGGUCAAGAAAUGGGAGGAGCGUGCCGGUGUCGGGAGGGUAUGGCGACUUAGGAAGUUUUGGGAACGCGUAGGAAGUGAUAAUGACGAUGCGCCGGGCAUGGGAUGGGGUACCUGA